AUGGAUGUUUUACGUUAUCACCCCUUGUUACGCUUGAUUUUGGACAAAGAAUUAGAUAGAGAAGAUGAAAAAGACAUCAUGCUCUCGCUGACUGCAUAUGAUGGCGGCUCUCCUCAGAGAUCAGGUACAGUAGUCAUACAUGUCACUGUGCUGGAUGCUAAUGAUAAUGUACCAGUGUUUAGUCAGACAGUCUAUAAAGCCAGUCUGCCUGAAAACUCUCCUCUUGAUACAUUGGUGAUCACAGUGAGUGCAAGUGAUGCAGAUGAAGGAUUAAAUAGUGAAAUUGCAUAUGCAUUUGAUCAUGCAUCUGAUGACGAUAUUAAUGUAUUUACAUUGCAUCCUAAAACUGGAGAUGUUAGAGUGGCUGGUGUUGUUGAUUAUGAAAAAAAGUCAUCAUAUGAAAUGCAAAUAAGCGCAAUAGAUGGUCUUGGAUUGAUUUCAUAUGGUUCUUUGAUUAUUGAAGUCACUGACAAAAACAACAACACCCCAGUUAUACAACUAAAAUCAUUGAAUAUUGGAAUACCAGAGAAUGUGUCACCUGGUACAGAGGUGGGCAUCAUUAAUGUUCAGGACAGAGACUCUGAGCAGAAUGGACAGGUCCACUGCUCCGUUCAACAAAAUGUCCCCUUUAAGUUAGUUCCUUCUAUUAAAAACUAUUAUUCUCUGGUGACUACUGGACAACUGGACCGUGAACUAUUGUCUGAUUACAACAUUACAAUCAGUGCCACUGACGAGGGCUCUCCUCCUCUGUCCUCCUCUAAAAGUCUUCACUUAUCUGUAGCAGACAUCAACGACAACCCACCUGUGUUUGAGGAACAGUCCUACAGUGCAUAUGUGAGUGAAAAUAACAAAGCUGGAUCCACUUUAUGUUCUGUUAGUGCUCGAGACCCUGACUGGAGACAGAAUGGUACCGUGAUUUAUUCUCUGUUAGUUGCUGAGGUGAACGGUGCCCCGGUGUCCUCCUAUGUGUCUGUUAACGGAGACACAGGUGUGAUCCACGCUGUCAGGUCAUUUGAUUAUGAACACUUGAGGAGUUUUAAAGUCCACGUCAUGGCCAGAGACAACGGUUCUCCUCCGCUGAGCAGCAACGUGAGCGUCAGUGUGUUCAUAUUGGAUGUGAAUGACAACUCUCCUCAGAUACUGUACCCCUCCCCAGAGGGUAACUCCUUCAUGACCGAGCUGGUCCCCAAAGCUGCACACGGAGGCUCUGUGGUGUCCAAAGUGAUAGCGGUGGACGCAGACUCCGGACAGAACGCCUGGCUGUCCUAUCAUAUAGUCAAGUCCACUGAUCCAGGACUUUUCACCAUUGGUCUCCACAGUGGAGAGAUCAGGACCCAGCGGGACAUUUCUGAAUCUGACAGCAUGAAACAGAACCUGAUUGUGGCAGUGAAAGAUAACGGACAGCCCCCUCUCUCUGCCACCUGCUCCAUGUAUUUACUUAUUUCUGACAACUUGGCUGAGGUCCCAGAACUGAAGGACAUUUCUUAUGAGGAGAAGAAUUCCAAACUGACGUCUUAUCUGAUCAUCGCGCUGGUGUCUGUGUCCACCUUCUUUCUGACCUUCAUCAUCAUCGUCCUGGGUGUGAGGUUUUGUCGCAGGAGAAAGCCCAGACUGUUGUUUGAUGGAGCAGUUGCCAUCCCCAGCGCGUAUCUGCCUCCUAAUUACGCAGAUGUUGACGGCACAGGAACUUUACGCAGCACCUACAACUAUGACGCCUACUUGACAACAGGUUCUAGAACCAGUGACUUUAAGUUUGUGUCUUCUUACAAUGACAACACGCUGCCUGCGGACCAGACUCUGAGGAAAAACCCUUCUGACUUUGAUGAUGAUCUUCAUGAUUCUUUUGACCCUUUGGAGUUAGAGAAGCUCAAUGCUUGA